UCUUCCCACCUUGUGCUUAUUACUAGUUUCCACACUCCCUCACCGUUUGUCCUUCUCCUCUUUCUCUCUCCUCAAUCACCCUACAUAAAAAUACAAUUUCAAUUCCACCACUAACUCAUCAUCAUCAUCAUCAUCAUCAUCUUCAUCUUCAUCUUCAUCAUACAAUUUCAAUUCCACCACUAACUCAUCAUCAUCAUCAUCAUCAUCAUCUUCAUCUUCAUCUUCAUCAUUCAUAGUUGCAAGAAACAGAGCAACCAAAAAAAAUGGCAUCACUUCCAGUCAACAAGAUCAUACCAUCAUCAACGACAUUACUGUCAUCGUCGAACAACAACAGAAGAAGAAAUAACUCAUCAAUUCGAUGCCAGAAGGCGGUUUCACCCGCGGCAGAAACGGCUGCAGUGUCGCCGUCUGUGGACGCGGCGAGGCUGGAGCCGAGAGUGGAGGAGAGAGAUGGGUUUUGGGUAUUGAAGGAGGAAUUUAGGAGUGGGAUUAACCCAGCUGAGAAAGUUAAGAUUGAGAAAGACCCAAUGAAGUUGUUUAUUGAGGAUGGGAUUAGUGAUCUUGCUACUUUGUCAAUGGAGGAAGUUGAUAAAUCUAAGCAUAAUAAGGAUGAUAUUGAUGUUAGACUCAAGUGGCUUGGACUUUUCCAUCGCCGUAAACAUCACUAUGGGAGAUUCAUGAUGAGGUUGAAGCUGCCGAAUGGGGUAACAACGAGUGAGCAGACACGGUACCUAGCAAGCGUGAUCAAGAAGUACGGAAAAGAUGGAUGUGCGGAUGUAACAACAAGGCAAAACUGGCAAAUUAGAGGAGUUGUUCUGCCUGAUGUGCCAGAGAUCAUCAAAGGGCUGGAAUCCGUUGGUCUUACCAGCUUACAGAGUGGGAUGGACAAUGUAAGGAACCCUGUAGGUAACCCUCUUGCAGGGAUUGACCCUCAUGAAAUUGUUGACACCCGACCUUUUACCAACCUAAUUUCCCAAUUUGUCACUGCCAAUUCGCGUGGAAACCUUUCUAUUACCAAUCUGCCAAGGAAGUGGAAUCCAUGUGUUAUUGGGUCCCAUGAUCUUUAUGAGCAUCCACACAUCAAUGACCUUGCUUACAUGCCUGCUACAAAGAAUGGGAAAUUCGGGUUUAAUUUGUUGGUUGGAGGAUUCUUUAGCAUCAAAAGAUGUGAAGAGGCAAUCCCACUAGACGCUUGGGUCUCAGCAGAAGAUGUGGUUCCUGUAUGCAAAGCUAUGCUUGAAGCUUUCAGGGACCUUGGCUUUAGAGGAAACAGGCAGAAGUGCAGAAUGAUGUGGCUUAUUGAUGAGCUUGGUAUGGAAGCAUUCAGGGGAGAGGUUGAGAAGAGAAUGCCUGAGCAAGUUCUAGAAAGAGCAUCCUCAGAAGAGCUGGUUCAGAAGGACUGGGAGAGAAGAGAAUACUUAGGAGUUCACCCUCAGAAACAACAAGGACUUAGCUUUGUGGGUCUCCACAUUCCUGUGGGCCGUCUGCAAGCUGAUGAGAUGGAAGAGUUAGCCCGUAUAGCUGAUGUGUAUGGAUCAGGGGAGCUCCGUCUGACAGUAGAGCAGAACAUAAUCAUCCCAAAUGUUGAAAACUCAAAGAUAGAUUCACUACUAAACGAGCCUCUGUUAAAAGAGCGUUACUCCCCUGAACCACCCAUCUUGAUGAAGGGGCUUGUGGCCUGUACGGGGAGCCAAUUUUGUGGACAAGCCAUUAUCGAGACCAAGGCUAGGGCACUCAAGGUGACAGAAGAGGUACAACGACUAGUGUCUGUAACACGGCCUGUUAGGAUGCAUUGGACCGGGUGUCCUAAUAGUUGUGGUCAAGUACAAGUGGCUGAUAUUGGGUUCAUGGGUUGCAUGACUAGGGAUGAGAACGGUAAGCCUUGUGAAGGAGCUGAUGUGUUUGUAGGAGGACGUAUAGGAAGUGACUCGCAUCUAGGAGACAUUUACAAGAAGGCAGUCCCAUGUAAAGAUUUGGUGCCUGUUGUUGCUGAGAUAUUGAUCAACCAAUUCGGUGCUGUUCCUAGGGAGAGGGAAGAGGCAGAGUAGUAGCUAGACUGUUUUGGGUGCCUGUUCUUGUUAACUGUUAUCGGUAUUCGGUAAUUACUUGUAAUAUUUGCAUUUUUUUUCAAGCAUAUAAUUAAAUUGCAUAAAGAUCCCUUGUAUGUCUGCAUAACAAGAUACUCAGUUAUGUAAUGUCAAUAGCAGGUUUACUUUGUUUAUUCAA